AUGAGGGGUCUGCGGCUGUGCAAUCGGAGGCAGAGCGCACGCCUGCGCACUGCUGCACAGCGCGACUCUGCGGCGACAGACAGGGCCCUCUCUCCUCUGCCCCCUGCGCACCUGCUGGCCGCGCACGACUACGCAGCCCUUCAAAUAUGUCUGGUUGAAAUAGACGGGAUGAAGUUGGUGCAGACUCGAAGCAUCCUCCACUACACAGCUGAAAAGCACCAGCUCUUCGGCAGGGACCUCGAGGAGAGCACCGUGAUUGGCAGGUAUGUGGAGGGGACGCUGGAUCUCCUGGAACUGAUUAUCACGCAUCCUUUCUUAAAACCAGAAGAUCAACAAAAGGAAGUGGUUCACAUGGCCCAGAAGGCUAUAAUUAGAUACUCUCCAGUGUUUGAAAAGGUUUUACGGGGCCAUGGACAAAACUUCCUUGUUGGUAAUCAGCUGAGCCUGGCCGACGUGAUUCUACUCCAAAAUUUGGCCCUGGAAGAGAAAAUUCCUAACAGCCUAGCUGCGUUUCCUUUCCUCCAGGAGUACACGGUGAGAUUAAGUAACAUUGCUCCAAUUAAGAGAGUCCUUGAACCUGGCAGCCAGAAGAAGCCUCCCGCUGGUGACGUGUGCGUGAGAACCAUCUACAGCGUCUUUAUGCUGUAAAUAACAAGUCGUCUGUGAGUGGGAGCUGGUCCCCAAGGUGGCUGUGUCCACAGUGGUGUCUUCAUUGAUCCCAAUGCUGUUGUCCUGCUGUGUGUUCAGCUGGGUCAUAAAUCGGGUCUUUCCUCUCAGGAGAUCCUUCCUUAAAAUAUCACCCUGUUUUUGUCCAGCCAAUAAUUGUUACGGGCCGUGUUCUGGCACACAUUUUUGAGGAGGCUGGGAUUUGAGUUAGGCUGGGCGGGGUCCUCCUUUCCUGUAGUUAGUCCUGACGAUGGGGAUGCAGGGUCUCACUUAGCUGAGCACCGUUCUCCUCUGUUCAUACCCGAACCUCUGCAGGCUCCCCCGGGUGUGCAGUGUCUCGUAACUGUGCACUGUGUUGUGAGGGACUGUCCUCUGACCUAGAGAAAGUCAGUGGCUGUACCAACAGCAGCCAGUAUUCUCCACAAUAAAGCAUUUACCAGUUGU